AUGGAGCGGCGCAUUCUCCCCGCUGGGACGCAGCGCGGGCGACGGGCGCGGGGCGCGAGGGGCGGCGGGGCCCUGCGGGUCCCCGGCUGCGCGGCGCUCUGUGUGCUGCUGUUGGCGCAGGUGGCUGUGCAGCAGGCACCUGCGUGCUCCGUGGGACCCGCAGCGGCCUCGCCAGGGAGCCGGAGCGUCUGGCGUCCUCAGGGUUCCGCGGCGCAGCUGGACUGGAUGGAAAAAGGCGAAUAUGACCUGGUGUCUCCCUAUGAGGUUGACCACAAUGGAGACUAUGUGUCCCACGAAAUCACACACCCUCAAAGGAGGAAGAGAGCACUGGCCCAGCUCGGGGUGGAGUCUCUCCACCUUCGGCUGAAGGGCCUCAGGCACGACUUCCACAUGGAGCUGAAAGCUUCCAACAACCUGAUGGCUCCCGGCUUUAUGGUGCAGACACUGGGGAAGGGAGGUACUAAGUCCGUGCACACCUUCCCACCUGAGGAUUUCUGUUUCUAUCAAGGCUCCUUACGAUCCCACAAAAACUCCUCGGUGGCUCUCUCAACAUGCAAAGGUUUGUCUGGCAUGAUAAGAACACAAGAAGCAGAUUACUUCCUAAAGCCGCUUCCUUCACACCUAGCGGGGAGACUGCAGGACCCCACCGGGGCUGGGCCCCCCUCCCACAUCCUGUACAAGAGAUCGGCAGAAGUGCGGGCUCCAGGGCCUCCCCAGGCCGUCAUGACCGAGAGGCAUCGGGAGAUGGGGAAUCCACACCUGCGUGGCGGCUCCAACCUUCGGCACCCACCAAAGCAGCAUUUCUGUGGAAGACGCAAGAAAUACAUGCCCAAGCCUCCCAAGGAGGACCACUUCAUCCUGCCUGACGAGUACACGUCUUGCUUACGGCACAAGCGCUCUCUCCUGAAGUCCCAUAGGAACAAAGAGCUGAACGUGGAGACGUUGGUGGUGGUCGACAGAAAGAUGAUGCAGAACCACGGCCACGAAAAUAUCACCACCUACGUGUUGACCAUACUCAACAUGGUGUCUGCUUUGUUCAAAGAUGGAACGAUAGGAGGAAACAUCAACAUUGCAAUUGUAGGUCUGAUCCUUCUAGAGGAAGAACAGCCGGGGCUCGUGAUAAGCCACCAUGCGGACCACACGUUAAGUAGCUUCUGCCAGUGGCAGUCUGGAUUGAUGAGCAAAGACAGCACGCGCCACGACCAUGCCAUCUUGCUGACGGGCCUGGACAUAUGUUCCUGGAAGAAUGAGCCCUGUGACACCUUGGGAUUUGCGCCCAUAAGUGGAAUGUGUAGUAAAUAUCGCAGCUGCACAAUUAAUGAAGAUACGGGUCUUGGACUGGCCUUCACCAUUGCCCAUGAGUCUGGACACAACUUCGGCAUGGUCCAUGAUGGAGAAGGGAACGUGUGCAAAAAGUCUGAGGGCAACAUCAUGUCCCCCACAUUGGCAGGACGCAAUGGGGUCUUCUCCUGGUCACCCUGCAGCCGCCAGUACCUGCACAAAUUUUUAAGCACCGCCCAAGCGCUGUGCCUUGUGGAUCAGCCGAAGCCUGUGAAGGAGUACAAGUACCCCGAGAAGUUGCCGGGAGAGUUAUAUGACGCCAACACUCAGUGCAAGUGGCAGUUUGGAGAGAAAGCCAAGCUCUGCAUGCUGGAUUUUAAAAAGGAUAUCUGUAAAGCCCUGUGGUGCCACCGGAUUGGAAGGAAAUGUGAGACUAAGUUUAUGCCUGCAGCAGAAGGCACUAUUUGUGGGCAUGACAUGUGGUGCCGUGGAGGACAGUGUGUGAAAUAUGGCGACCAAGGCCCCAAGCCCACCCAUGGCCAUUGGUCAGACUGGUCUUCCUGGUCCCCUUGUUCCAGGACCUGCGGAGGAGGGGUGUCUCACAGAGACCGCCUGUGCACAAAUCCCAAACCAUCGCACGGAGGGAAGUUUUGUGAGGGCUCGACUCGUACGCUGAGGCUCUGCAACCGUCAGCGGUGUCCGCACAAUAGCCUUGACUUCCGCGCACUGCAGUGCGCCGAGUACAAUGGCAAACGGUUCCGAGGAUGGCGCUACACGUGGAAGCCAUACACCCAAGUAGAAGAUCAGCACUUAUGCAAACUCUACUGUAUCGCAGAAGGAUUUGAUUUCUUCUUUUCUUUGUCAAAUAAAGUCAAAGAUGGGACUCCAUGCUCGGAGGAUAGCCGUAAUGUUUGUGUAGAUGGGAUAUGUGAGAGAGUCGGAUGUGACCAUGUCCUUGGGUCCAAUGCUGUGGAAGACUCCUGUGGUGUGUGCAGGGGCAAUAACUCAGACUGCACGACGCACAAGGGGCUCUACGCCAAGCACCACGGCGCCAACCAGUAUUAUCAGAUGGUCACCAUUCCCCCUGGAGCGCGGAGUAUUCGCAUCCACGAGAUAAACGUGUCUACCUCCUACAUCUCUGUGCGCAACGCUCUCAAAAAAUACUACCUGAAUGGACACUGGACGGUUGACUGGCCCGGCCGAUACAAGUUUUCAGGCACCACGUUUGACUACAGACGGUCCUCCCACCAGCCGGAGAGCUUAACCUCGUCUGGGCCAACCAACGAAACACUGGUUGUGGAGCUUCUGUUUCAGGGAAGGAACCCAGGUGUUGCCUGGGAGUACUCGGUGCCUCAGCUGAGCGGGGAGAAACCUGGCGGCCAGCCUCGCUACACGUGGACCAUCGUCCACUCUGAGUGCUCCGUGUCCUGUGGUGGGGGGCAAAUGACCACGAGGGCGGGCUGCUACCGAGACCUGAGGUUUCAAGUCAACACAUCGUUCUGUAAUCCCAGCACCAGACCUGUCACGGGGGUGGUGUCUUGCAAAGUAUCUGCCUGUCCUCCCAGUUGGUCAGUGGGCAACUGGAGCACCUGCAGCCGGACGUGCGGUGGGGGCACUCAGAGCCGGCCCGUCCAGUGCACACGACGGGCCCACUACGUGUCGGAGCGAGUGGCGGCCAUCCUGUGUCCGCAGCCCGUGCCUUCCAGCCGACAGGCCUGCCACUCUCAGAGCUGCCCACCUGCCUGGAGCACCGGGCCCUGGGCAGAGUGCUCUCGAACCUGCGGGAAGGGGUGGAGGAAGAGAUCUGUGGCCUGUAAGAGCACCAACCCUUCGGCCAGGGCGCGGCUUCUGCCGGACGCCGUCUGCGGCUCAGAGCCCAAGCCCAGGACUCACGAAGUUUGUCUGCUCAAGCGCUGCCUCAAGCACAAGAAGCUGCAGUGGCUUGUGUCUGCCUGGUCCCAGUGCUCUGUUACGUGCGAAAGAGGAACACAGAAGAGAGUCUUAAGGUGUGCUGAAAAGCACGUUUCUGGGAAAUACCGAGAGUUGGCCUCCAAGAAGUGCUUGCACCUGCCGCGGCCCGCUGUGGAGCUGGAACGCGCCUGCGCCCCAUUUCCCUGCCCCAGGCACCCUCUGCACACAGCUGCAGGCCCCCCUCGAGCCAGCUGGUUUACCUCGCCCUGGUCUCAGUGCACGGCCAGCUGUGGGGGCGGCGUGCAGACCAGGGCUGUGCAGUGCCUGGCGGGGGGCCGGCCGGCCUUGGGCUGCUUCGUGCACCAGAAACCCACCGCCUCCCUGGCCUGCAACACCCACUUCUGCCCCAUCGCAGAGAAGAAAGAUGGCGUCUGCAGAGACCACUUCCCCUGGUGCUCUCUGGUGCCCCAGCACGGGAUGUGCAGUCACCAGUUCUAUGGGGAUCGCUGCUGCCAGACGUGCUCCACCUCCAACCUGUGAGGCCGGGUGGCCCUGCCCCGGGCGAGAGUAGGGGUGCUGUGCCUUAAGCCCAAAUCAGCUGUGCGGUGUACAUCGGAACGUGGCCAGGAGGAUGCAGGCUGGGAGAAGAAGAGCUGUGUCUGGCUCUCUGAUGGGAGUGUGUGAGUGUGUGCGCGUGUCUGUGUGUGUGAGUGUGUGCAAGUCGUGGGUCUGAAGGCAUGCCUGGGCACGCAUGUGCACACAUGUUCAGGUGAAGCAUGGAGGCAGGCGGGAGGGCCCACUCUGCAGACCCCGAGUCAUGCUCAUCACUUGUACUUCAGCUGAAUCAAGUCAAAAGACAGAAGGAGCCGAACUUGCUAAACGCUAAAUAUGUGGUGCUUUGGAGAAGAAGGAAAGGCCAUGACAUUAGGAACGUGUACAAAAGAUCUCCGGCUACGUACGCCGGCCUCCCUCCCAGCUCGAGGCCCUGCCCCAGGUCUGGACUAGCCAGCCUCCCUCUGGAGAAGGAGCUGGGUGGGACAGCUCCCGCAGGUUUCCCCACGGCCCCCUCUUCCCACCCCAGGAGCCCCGUUUCUCUCUGCUGGGACAAGAGCCGGGGGGCCCCUUGAAGGGACGCCUGCCCUGCCGCGAUGGGGGGGACCCUGGACUCCGGACUCUGUGUCCCGAUUGGAGACUUUGCCUCUGGAAACGGGAAACACAAAGUCCUGCUAUGGUGCUUCGGUCCCUUUCAGACUCACGGGCAGGGGGAGAGAACUUUUAUAGCCUACGUGUUAUCCUUCUCUGUUACUGACAAACGAGCGUUUCUACUCCAACCUGUUCCUUAAUGCUUCUCUCUGAAAUGACAGAAUCACAGGUUAUACCAGAAUCAGAGAGCGACCAGCUACGCUGUGCCCCUGCUGUCCUGAUGAGUCGCUGGCUGUCCUGCGUGGGCGGAUGUCCGCGGACGUGGGGACCCUCAGAACCCCAUGCUUCCUUUGUGUGCGUUGUGCUGUUUUUGAACUUUUUUUCCAUGAAUUUUGGUUGUUUUGUAAGAUCCAUUCAGAAAGAAGGCCAGCAUUUCCGCAUGAAGCUGCACA